AUGUUUGUAUAUCAUGUGAAUAACAACACAAUUAUACUAAUUCUGUUAUGCACAUUCCUGUGUCACGUGAAGGCUGAAAAUGUGAAGAAUGCAAAUUGCCAAGGAAUAAGCAGUGUAGGACGUUUUAAUUAUGGGUAUUCGAAAAAAACGAGACGGCUGGACGGGGGGCACUGGAAAGGUAAUUUCAAGAUAGGGGGGGAAAAUAAAAGAUGUAGACUACUGAAGAUCCCCACAGGAAAUCCACCACAAUUGAUAAACACCCUCUUUUUAAAUAGUUGCUACAAACCCAUUGGGUGUAAUCCCCUUUACAAGAAGAGGAAAAACUUUUCCCUUUUUAAAAAAAAAAAAGAUAAAGAUGGAGCAACAAAUGUUAAGAAGAAAGAAAAGAAGGUAUUCACAGAAGAAGAAAUAGAAGAACUUCGUCGAAGAGCCAAGGAAAAACUACAACCCAAAAAAGGGGACGGUGAUGGAACCUCUGGUGCUAAGACAAAAAAGGGGGGAAAAAGGAAAAAAAACACAGAACAAGUUAAGGGUGAUAAAAAAAAAAGUGAAGAAGAAUUAAAAAAGUUGGAUGAUACAAAAGGUGCAGAUCCCAAAGAGGAAAAUAUAACCGAUUAUAUAAAAAGCAAAGAAGAUUUUGACAAAAUAGUAGACCUAACCAAAGAUUUAAUAAACGAAAAAGAGGUAGAAUAUAUACACAAAAUAAGCGACUGUGAUGAGGAGUUGUUAGCAUAUGAUAAGCGAGAAAAAAAUAUUCAGCUGAAUUUUGAAGACACCCUAUUUGACGAAGGGAAUUACAUGCACAAUUACGUCAACAAUAUUAGCAAAUUUCGCUUUGACAUUUACAACCUGCAUAACAAGAACGAAUUUGACAGAAUCACCAAAUAUUUGAACUAUCAGUACAUAGAAGAAGUACCCGUGGAGAUGCCUACGGAACGCAGCUACAACAUUGGGCUGAAAAAAUAUUUUUACCAGGUUGUAUGCGAUUUGGUGGGGAAAUACCGGGACAAGUUUGAGAAUGAGCUCUACGUGGGUGGGGAGGAGCAGUCGUGGGGACACCAACCGGUGGCAGACGAGUCAAGGGGUGAUCAACCGGUGGCAGACGAGUCAAGGGGUGACCAACCGAACACACAGGAAGAAAUGCCUCCAUCUAGGUUGUCCAUACAUAAGGGCAAACUAAAUCAGCACGGUGAAGGUACAGGGGGGGGAGAAGACAAUCAAACUUUGAACAAUUUCCUCAAGGAAAACAAAAAGGAAGAAAGCAAAACGACAACCAUGGAUAGGAUAGAAAAUAUGGCCAACGUAAUCCAGCCAACUCAUGAAGAUAUUAUGAAUAAAUAUAUGUCUCACGAUUUGUAUAAUUUGCUAUGUGACAUUAAGGACGAAUAUGAGUACAUGUUUGAAAAUGGAGGCUUGGAGAAAUACUCCUUUGAUGAAAGCAGAAAAACACAUAAGGAGAAGCUAAUAUUUUCCGGGAAAAAAAAAAGAGCGGUAGCUAUGGUUUUUCUCCAAAGAGGAAACAACAAUUUGAUAAUAAAUAACAGGGAUGGAUAUCAGUAUCUACAAUACCAAAUUUUUAACAUAAAUAAAAUAUUCAGUCCUCUACUGCAUCUAUGCAUGCACAGACAUUUCAACGUCGUGGCCAGGGUCGUUGGAGGAGGGUUGUCGGGACAGAGUGUGGCCAUAUUCCACGCCCUCGUCAAAUACAUUGUGUACAACUUUUCGCUAAAAAUAAAGCCUUAUUUCCGCUCCUUCAAGUUUAUGACCGUGGACAGUAGAAAGGUGGAGAGGAAGAAGUACGGACUGAAGAAGGCUAGGAAGAGGAAGCAGUACAGUAAGCGUUAA